CCCAUAAGUCUCCAGCAUUCUUGCUCAACUUCACUACUCCAACUACAAGUUUUACAACACAAAAUAGAGAGUAAGAAAGAAAAGAAAAGAGAAACCAAAAUUAGUCGGUCCAAUGUUGAAAAAAGAGAAGAGUGGGGGGUUUGAUGGAAGUAGCAACAAUUGGGCAAGGGUGUGUGACAGUUGCCAUUCCGCAACAUGUACUGUUUACUGUCGGGCGGAUUCCGCCUAUUUGUGUGCGGGCUGUGAUUCCCGCAUACAUGCAGCAAGUCUCAUGGCUUCUCGCCACGAGCGUGUAUGGGUUUGCGAAGCCUGCGAGCGUGCCCCUGCUGCCUUUCUUUGCAAAGCGGAUGCUGCCUCACUUUGUGCCUCUUGCGAUGCUGACAUCCAUUCUGCAAACCCCUUGGCACGUCGUCACCACCGUGUCCCAAUUAUGCCCAUUCCAGAAACCCUCUAUGGUCCUCCAGCUGUUCACACCGUUAGCGGUGGUUCUAUGAUGAUCGGUGGGACCACAGGGGAAGGCACGGAGGAUGAUGGAUUCUUGAGUUUGACUCAAGAUGCAGAUGAUACAACCAUAGAUGAAGAAGAUGAAAAUGAAGCAGCUUCAUGGUUAUUGUUGAAUCCUCCUGUUAAAAAUAACAAUAAGAACAACAUUAACAAUAACAACAACAAUCAAAAUAACAACUAUGGGAUGUUGUUUGGUGGGGAAGUAGUGGAUGAUUACUUGGAUCUUGCAGAGUAUGGAGGGGAUAGUCAAUUUAACGAUCAGUACAGUGUUAAUCAGCAGCAGCAACAUUACUCUGUUCCUCAGAAGAGCUAUGUUGAAGAUAGUGUUGUGCCAGUUCAGAACGGACAGCGAAAAUCUCUGAUUCUUUACCACCAACCGCAACAACAACAACAACAACAACAACAAAGUCACCACCUGAAUUUUCAGCUUGGAAUGGAGUAUGACAAUUCUAACACUGGAUAUGGUUACCCUGCUUCUUUGAGUCACAGUGCUUCCAUUUCGUCGAUGGAUGUCAGUGUUGUUCCAGAAUCUGCACUAAGUGAAACUUCAAACUCCCAUCCACGACCUCCAAAAGGGACCAUCGAUCUGUUCUCAGGCCCUCCAAUUCAGAUACCUCCCCAGCUUACUCCAAUGGACAGAGAAGCCAGAGUCCUAAGGUACAGAGAGAAGAAGAAGAACCGUAAAUUUGAGAAAACCAUAAGGUAUGCUUCAAGAAAAGCCUAUGCAGAAACAAGGCCAAGAAUCAAAGGCCGAUUUGCAAAGAGAACGGACGUAGAGGCUGAAGUAGACCAGAUGUUCUCCACACAAUUAAUGACAGACAGCAGUUAUGGAAUUGUCCCUUCAUUCUGAAUGCAACAAAGAGAAGAUCAACUACAAGCCCCUAAACCUAGAAUUAAUAUUGUAUCUCUUACGUCAUUAUCGAUCUAAGGCUAUUGGAUAAUGAGAAAUGUACUACAGCAGUUUUCCACAGAGGAUUUGUUAAAUUCUCUGCUUUGUUGUAUAUGUAAAAAGAGUUCUUCCUUGUAGACCACGUUGCAGUCAAUACGUACAAUUUUCUCAGAAAGAAGUAAAGAAACAGCUCCUCCAGUGUGAAGGGGUUGACCCAACAAGACAAAAAGUACUAGUUCCGCAAGAAGCAAAGAGUUGACUGCAGUAACAAGGAGUAUGGUGGGAUGGAUGAGACAUCAACAACCUUAACCAGAAGUCUCGGGUUAAUGGAAAAACUUUUAGUAAGAAAUGCUUACCUCCUUAGUGGACCUACCUGACACAUAGAUAGAUACUGGAUGCCUAAAGGGAAAAAGAAAAAAGAAAAGAAGAAUUGACUGCAUAUAACUUUUCCACAUUAAAAGAACUCAGUACAGCCACAAGUAAUGGGAAAAGCAAAAUUACCGACGACCUCUGAAUGCUCAGUGGCUGUAUAUGACAUUGUGUGCUGGUGCAAUAUAAUUGAAGCUGAGUUCUGCUGUCUGCUUUC